AUGUUAGCGCAACAAAACAAUCUUCCAAAGCUUUUGAAAUCGGCAAGUUUCAGAAUUAUUCUUCCAGCAUACACGCAAAUCCAACCACAAGAUAUUUCUAAAAUAAAAACCCGUAAUUGGUUAGUUCCAGGUGAAAAAACAAUUAUUUUCAUUGAAGUUAAGAACUGUGUUGGCUCAAUGGAUGCCUUCUUAUUUUAUUGCACUAUCGUUGACUUACAAAAAACACCAAAUCCUCCAGAACCAGCGAAUUAUGUCCCAGUUGGCGGAUUAAUUCCAAACUAUACACUUCCGAAUAUACAAUCAUUCAAAACACCUGAUGGUAUCUUAUAUUUCCCUAUUAGAUUAACUGUUCCUCUUACUUGCGCUCAAAAUGUUUCAUUAGAUGCAUUUUGCCUCAGAGAAACAGAGCCUGUCUCCAAGCUCAAAUGCUUCUCAUUUUCUCCAUUCAAGAUUUAUAAGACUCUUAACUUCACUCCUCAAUCAAUGGUAGUUUCAAUCAAUGUUAACGUCAAUUUCCCACAGCAGUGGACUGAUUCUGUUUCCAUUCUCUCUGCUGCUUUGAAAUUCAACGAAAAAAUCGUUUCAGAAACUGAUUUCUCUCAAAAAAUCGCGAUUAUUUCUACAGCUGACACUUCUCUACAAAUUUACGAUGGAGAUAUUGUCACAUGCGUAUUUGCUCUUAAGCCUUUGAAUGAUUUAGGCGGAAGUGCGAUGGCAAACCUUCCAUUAGUUUUUAAUUUGACAUGGAGAGCCGAUGGAUCAGACUACGUGUCCUCCUUCCAGUUCCAGUCUGGUACACAGCCUUCCGAUCUUGUUAUUACGGCUCCUUCCGUCAAAGCUGAUCUUCUCAAGAAUUCAAGAAUGCCGAUAACCAUUUCAAGUGUUGGCGCCGCACUUCCACGCUCUGUUACACUCAACUUCGGAUCAGGAAACAUCCAGCCAAUGACGAGAUCCAUAAAACUCGAUUUCACCAGCGAAUCUACAGUUAAAAUCAUUGAUUAUAACUUUAUCCCGUUGGUUAGUGGACAUCAUGAGCUUGAUAUCAGCGCGGAAUGCGAUGGAAAAAUACUUCGACCAUUAUUCCCAAUUUUUGUCGAAGUUUCUAAGCAUGAAUAA